AUGAGUCGAUCGAUUGAGCAGCCGCCUCCGCCGCCGAUGUCGCUAUCUGAACAUUCAUUUCAGAGUUCCAACUCAAGGACUGUGUAUUCCGGUAGCAGUUCUCACAGCUUCAUGGACCCUGAUGUGAUCGAGAUUCCACCGCCACCGCGAACUAACAAGCCACACAAAGAGGUCAUUUUUCGGGAUGUGAUUGACAUCGACAACGAUGAUGACUCAACAGAUCUAGUGUUAAUUGGUGAAAACAUUGCUGAAAAUAACAAGGGGAAGAUAACUGAAUCUGUUCACAACAGUUAUGGUGAUCAUCAAACUGUGGAAGACUUCGAUAAUAAAUAUUAUCCGCUUGUGAUUGACAAAUCUGGACCAAGCAGUAGGGUAGAGUCUUCCAAUGGUUAUACUUCUGUAUCAAAUAACUUAAUCAACAUUGACGGGGAUGAGUCUGAUUACUCGUAUGACGACGAUGAUGAUGGCUUCUGUGAUUUGAUUCCGGAUGAUUAUAUGGAUGUAGAUAAUUAUGCUUUACUACAGGAGCAUUUUGACAAUGCAAACAUACCUCCUGGUAUUGAAGCACCUGUUCCUUGGUUGAAGGAACAUGAUCCAAAUUCUAAGAACGCUGAAAGUAGUUUAUUCUAUCCUAGCUUUCAUAUUCCGCAAUCUGAUUCAAAAAAUUCUCAAGUUAAUGGCUUAUUUCAGCCUGCAUGGUCAUUUGCGCCUAUUAAGCAUGAAACCCAUGGACCUGCAGUAGGUAGUUCUAGUGUGCAAAAUCACUUAUCUUCUCAAUUAUUUUCUCCACUUGACCCUAGUAAGAAAAUAAUUGAUGCCACACAGAGCAGGAGACGCAAGUUAAAGUUGGCAUUAGGAGUGGAGUCAUCUACAUCUAGUUUGUCUUUGGGAGCUUCUGGUAAAAAGAAGCCUUAUUAUUUUGGUUCUUCAACUAACCAUGGCUCUGUAGACAACUCAGGGGUCAUGAAGCUGCCUCAUGGAGGUGGUUCACCUCAUUGGAAACUACUUGAAAGUGCAAAGAAAGCAGCUGGAACUGGAAGUAUCAGUUCACAUCAUUCAAAUUUCUAUGGACCUGUAAAUGGACCAUUUCAUUUUCCAGGCACUGAAUUUGCAAAUCCUUGGUUGAAUUCUUCUCAUUUUAAUCCAUUUCCAAAUUAUACACCUUAUCCAGGUUUUUUCAAUCCAUUCGUUCCUCUUCCUACCACACCUGAGCAAAUGUUCAAUAACCCUUGGGUUCACAAUACUGCAAGAGAUGGAGAUAAUGGCACAACUGCUGAUAGUACUGUUGUGACCAUAUCUGAUGAAGCCAGAGAGCAAAUUCUUGAGAAAUUUAGAAACUUUAAGCAAUUUGACACCAUUGACGACACUUCAGACCAUCACUAUGUUCACACCAAUUCUUCCACGACACAGCAUUCAAAGAAUUGGGUGAAAAGAAUUCAGGAAGAAUGGAAGUUAUUGGAGAAGGAUUUACCAGAUUCAAUAUUUGUCAGAGUUUAUGAAUCAAGAAUAGAUCUGUUGAGGGCUGUGAUUAUUGGAGCAGAGGGAACUCCUUAUCAUGAUGGCCUUUUCUUUUUUGAUGUUUCCUUUCCAAAUGGCUUUCCCAAUGUACCCCCGCGAGUCUACUACCACUCUGGUGGACUUCGGCUCAACCCAAAUUUAUAUAAUUGUGGCAAGGUCUUGGUCUCCAUACAAGGUCUAAUCUUGAAUACAAAGCCUUAUUUUAAUGAGCCUGGAUAUGCACGUUUGAGUGGUUCUGCUGAGGGUGAAACAAGAUCCCUGCGAUAUAAUGAAGACACAUUCCUCUUAUCAUUGCGGACAAUGGUUUAUCUGAUAAGAAGGCCUCCAAAGAGUUUUGAGGACUUUGUUAAGGGGCACUUCUGCAGCCGAGCUCAGGAUAUUUUAGUGGCUUGUAAAGCAUACAGGGAUGGUGCUCAAGUUGGUUGUUUGGUGAAAGGUGGAGUUCAGGAUGUUGAUCAGGGUGACAAGAGCUGCUCAAAGGAGUUUAAGAAUUCUUUAGCUGCGUAUGUGGAUAUGCUUGUUAAAGAGUUUAAACAAGUUGGAGCCAAGGACUGUGACAAAUUCCUGUCUUCAUCAACAGUAAGCAACAAGCCGUUGGAAUAG